GAAGGGUUAUCACCAUUUCUUCAGUCAACAUCACCUUCCAUUCAUGCACCUUACAUGAUCCAUCUCUUAAAGUUUACCCAAAUCACGUUGAGUCAAUUUUUGUUUCACUACUAGGCCCUCUUCAAGCAUGGCUGAAGUCAAGGGCCAAGAACACUCUGGAUCUGGCAAUCUUGCCAUUUUGACCAAAGUCGAUAAGCUACGAGAGCUUAUCGGAAAUCGAAUUGCUUUGCCCCAGCUUGUUGUUGUCGGGGACCAAUCCUCGGGAAAGAGCUCCGUUCUAGAGAAUCUGACUGGAUUCGCGUUUCCCCGUGCUGCAGAGCUUUGUACGCGAUAUGCUACCCAGAUCACUUGUCGUCGCGAGCAGAUUGAGGCCAUCACGGUAUCUAUCAUACCUAAUCAAGAUGCUUCGCCUGACGCGCAGGCUCAUGUCAAAAAGUUCCAUCGCACAUUGAUGGGGCUCGACCAGACCACCCUGGCCCAGGUCUUUAAGGACGCAAAUGAAGCAAUGGGUAUCCGCCCUAGUGGGAAUGACGUUACCUCCGACAAAGCAUCACUUCCAGCUUUUAGCAAGCAUACCCUCAGAAUUGAGAAAUUUGGUCCCAACGAAGAGCAUUUCACAGUUAUUGAUGUGCCUGGUAUAUUUCGUAACGAGACUGAAGGCCUGACCGUUGAGAGCGAUAUCAUCCUUGUUAGGGAUAUGGUCAAGAACUAUAUGAAAGAUCCACGAACGAUUAUUCUAGCAAUUAUGCCCAGCAAUGUCGAUCCUGCUACACAAGAGAUCUUGAAACUAGCAAAGCAGGUGGACCAAACUAUGUCGAGAACCAUGGCCGUCCUUACAAAGCCAGACCUUGCCAUCGAACCUACAACCCAGCAGAUCGCGAUCGACCACGUUAUGGGCAAGAGAAACGAUCUCAUUUUAGGAUACUAUAUCGUGAAGAACAGAGGACCUGAUCAUGCUGACAUGACUCUCGAGGAGGGUCAAAUGGACGAGUGCGAAUUCUUUGCUAAAGCCCCGUGGUCAGCUUUAAAGCACACAGAUAGAGCGGGCAUAGAUUGUCUCAAGCGACGAGUCCGGGAGCUUCUUAUUGACCUAAUCAAGAAGGAAUUCCCCCAAGUCAAGCUCGAGGUCAUUAAGGAGCUGAACUUGCUCAAGUCUCAACGGGACGCAAUGGGUCCUUCAAGAGAUGGCCCGGACACGCAAAGGGAAUAUCUGAACAAGAUCAGCGAGACGUUCCAGUCAUUAGUGCGAGAUGCCCUCGGAGCAUCUUACGCCCGUCACAAAAUGUUCUCCAAUCAUACUUUGCGCUUGAUGACUCGUAUCGUAGAGGCAAACGAAAGUUAUUCGGACAAAAUGGCCCGAACUGGCCAUACGCGUCAAUUUCAGAGCAUGGGAAAGGAUAAACACUCGAAGUCGAAAUUUGACGAAGACAUUGAGGUUCUCCCUGAUCUCUACCCCGGACUUCGCGAGAUCUUUGACCCCGUCAUAACUCCUGUGCCGAAGUCCGACAUGGAUACAGACAUCCUGGAUUACAUUGAAGGCGUUUAUACGUCAAGCCGAGGACAAGAGCUGGGAACAUUUUCGGGAUCUCUCCUUGGAACCAUGUUUCAAGAGCAGUCAAAGAAAUGGGAGCCGAUAACUGUUCAGCAUAUCACUUUGAUCAUCUGGCACGUGCAUCAUUUCAUUCACGAGGCACUUCGGGAGAGCUGCCCAGACUCGAAGGUUUUCGAUGAGCUCUGGAAUACAUAUCUCCUUGACGAGCUCCACAGCUCAUACUGUGCAGUCCUUGAGCGAGCCAAGCUUCUGCUUAAAAUUGAGCGUGAUUGCUGUCCAAUCACUUAUAACCACUACUUCAAUGACAAUCUGCAGAAAGAACAGAGCAAAAGAUUAGUAUGCGCAGUGGAGAAAUUGGGAGUCGACGAGUUUACCCUUGACGAAGCUCAUGAAGAUGAAGAAGUACUGAAAAUCCCAAAGUCAUCGCUCCAACAGUUGGCUGUAAACAAGUCGAACUCAGAGCAUGUUCGCGAGUAUAUGCACGACGUCCUAUACAGUUACUACAAAGUCUCGCGGAAGCGCUUCGUAGACGUGGUCUGCCAACAAGCAGUAAACUACUACCUUCUUGCGGCUGAGCAUAGCCCGCUGAAGAUAUUCAAUAUGCAAAUGGUGCUUCGCCUCAACGAAGACCAGCUUGACACCAUUGCGGGUGAGGACCUCCACAUCAGGCAGCGUCGAGAGAAGCUCACUCGUGAUAUUGCCAAUUUUGAGGCUGCGCUCAAAACUCUCAAGGGCUCGGAAUAGUGGGAAAAGCUGAGCUCAAUAGGCUGCGAGUGACAUGCGGCGAGUAACGUUUUUUUAAGGGGGUUCCUUCUUUAAUGUUAAGAUGGUUUCAUUUUCAGAACUAGAGAAGGUGGUCAGCACUUUUGCGAUUCUGAUAAGGAUGACGAUGAGCUAAUAGAGCUCCAUUCUCAUGGUGUCUGUCGCUAUUCGCAAAGAUUAAUGGUAGAUGUGAGUGUGUUCAAUCAAGGGCAAAGUCUAGGUAGCCAUGUAGCGAUGACUUAAGCGUGACGGAUUCAGACGGUAGCUUACAG